AUGACCUUGCUGGUGGUGAUCCGAGGGUCCUGCAAGAACUGGAGACGUUCCCGGCUCUGCACCUUCUGCUGUGGCAGCUCUGUCACCCUUGGUGGCUCUACCAACUUUGUGCCUUCUGCUGUGGCAGCUCUGUCCCUCUUGGUGGCCUUUCUAGCUCUGCACCUUCUGCUGUGGCAGCUCUGUCACCCUUGGUGGCCCUGCCAACCUUGUGCCUUCUGCUGUGGCAGCUCUGUCACCCUUGGAGGCUCUGCCAACCUUGUGCCUUCUGCUGUGGUAGCUCUGUCCCCUCUGGUGGCCUUUCCAGCUCUGCACCUUCUGCUGUGGAAGCUCUGUCCCCCUUGGUGGCUCUGUCAACUUUGUACCUUCUUCUGUGGCAGCUCUGUCCCCUCUGGUGGCCUUUCCAGCUCUGUCACCCUUGGUGGCCCUGCCAACCUUGUGCCUUCUGCUGUGGCAGCUCUGUCCCCUCCGGUGGCCUUUACAGCUCUGCACCUUCUUUUGUGGCAGCUCUGUCCCUCUUGGUGGCCUUUACAGCUCUGCACCUUCUGCUGUGGCAGCUCUGUCACCCUUGGUGGCCCUACCAACCUUGUGCCUUCUGCUGUGGCAGCUCUGUCCCUCUUGGUGGCCCUGCCAACCUUGGGCCUUCUGCUGUGGCAGCUCUGUCCCCCUUGGUGGCUCUACCAACUUUGUGCCUUCUGCUGUGGCAGCUCUGUCACCCUUGGUGGCUCUACCAACUUUGUGCCUUCUGCUGUGGCAGCUCUGUCCCUCUUGGUGGCCUUUCUAGCUCUGCACCUUCUGCUGUGGCAGCUCUGUCACCCUUGGUGGCCCUACCAACCUUGUGCAUUCUGCUGUAGCAGCUCUGUCACCCUUGGUGGCUCUGCCAACCUUGUGCCUUCUGCUGUGGCAGCUCUGUCACCCUUGGUGGCUCUGCCAACCUUGUGCCUUCUUCUGUGGCAGCUCUGUCCCCUCCGGUGGCCUUUCCAGCUCUGUCACCCUUGUGAAAACCCCAUUAGAGCUCCACCCGGGAGUAGAACUCAUGCCCAGGUGAUGAUUGAUUGA